AUGACGGCGUCUGUAGGGGAGAAGUCCCGUUCUCCUUGGGCUAGCGUCACCCCGAUGCUGUUCUUCUCUUGCUUCUGCCUGCUGGUGGGAGAUGUGCUCUUCGGGUACGAUACCGCCAGUUUCGGAGGUAUUCUAGCCAACCCAGGUUUUCUCCGACAAUUCGCUACCCACAAUCCCAAAACCGUCACUUACGCUUUUGCACCCGUAUACGUCUCCUUGCUGUCCUCUUUGGCCUUCAUUGGCAAGUUUAUUGGUUGUCUGAUUGCCGGCCCGUCCAUUGAGAGGUUCGGACAUCGAACAGUAUUCUUCGCCCUGUCCAUCAUCUCCAUCAUUGGUGUUAUCAUUGAGAUCACGGCUGCGGAUGACGGAGUAGGCACUGGGCGCUACGCACAGUUCAUCGUUGGUCGAAUCAUUGUCUACAUUUCCGUUGGCCUUGUUGAAGUCGACGUAACAACCUACCAAUCAGAAAUUGUUCCGCCAGCUUUGCGCGGUUUUGUUGUCAUCUCUCUGCAACUGUUCCUGAACCUUGGAUCAAUCAUUGCAGUUGGGCUUAAUAAAGCUUUUUCGACGUACACUAGCGGUCUUGGCUGGAAGAUAAUUACCGCUAUUCAAUUUGUCUUUCCUGUUUACCGCGAGGAAGAAGCUCUCGCAGCUCUCAAGCGUUUGCGACCCAAGGCAGAUGUUGAGGAUGGUACCUGUGAGGCUGAACUCCAGACGAUCCGCGCGGCACUUCAAGAACACGUACACAAGGGGCCUUGGAUCGACCUGUUCCGCGGUACCAAUCUUCGACGAACUGUGUUAACAACCGGCCAAGCCUUCGUCUCAACAUAUCAGACGGUGUUCUAUAAGGAGAAUGGCUAUGCAGACCAGGCAUUUACCUACCCCGUCAUUUUGUAUUGUCUCAACACUUUCGUUGUGUUCCCGGCCAUGUACCUUAUCGAAUACAUGGGUCGCCGAAACCUCCUCCUGGCCAGCUUUAGCCUCCAGGCUUUCUGGAUGAUGAUACUAGCGGGCAUUGGUUCAAAGGCUCAGAAGACCGCGACAGAGAACAACCUCGUCGUCGCGGCCCUUAUGCUUUUCUCACUCUCAUACAAUGGCGGUGGAGCAGCGAUACCCUAUCUUCUUGGAACCGAGCUUCCCAACGCUGCCCUUCGUGAAAAGACCCAAUCUCUAGGCGCGGCGUGGAAUGUCGUCUGGGCGUUUGUGACCAACUAUGUAAUCCCCUACAUGAUCGCCAACCUUAAAUUCGGGACUGGUUGGGUGUUUGGCGGCAUCUCCAUCUCAGCGCUCGUCUUCACAUUCUUCUUCCUCCCUGAGACUAAGGGCCUGGCCCUUGAGGAUAUUGACAAGCUUUUUGAGACCCGAUUCAACCCAUUUCGACGUGAGCGGUCUUCUCUCGCUGAUCCCGAACACCGAGUUAAGGAGUUGACGGGGAAGUCCGAUAUUGACCACAAGGGAAGGGCUUACUCGGAUAUCCAGGACGACAAACCUACUACAAGCCAUAUCUAG